UCCAGAGAAGAACUUCACAGCUCCAGCCUAAACUCUGCCAUUCUCCAUAGCCCGGAGUUACACGCGAACACGAAGAAACUGCUGCACGACUGUGAGAGGGGGAGAGAAAAGUGACAAAAAGUAACACUAUAAAACUAAAGCGAGCCUUUCACGCAUCGAGAAAGAGAGAGAAACCACAUAAGUUUAGAAAGCGUUUGGUGGCAAACUUUUUGGGCUGUGGCAGAAAGACGUGGACCGCAAAGGAUGCCUGAGGAAAAGUGUUAAAGUUUCCAGCGAAAGAAAUAGGGCAGACGCGGUCCACACCAGGGGACAAGUGAAGAAGAAACAUUUACAGGAUGGAUGACGACCAGGACACGAGGGAAGUUCUUUUCCCACAGUGGAUGGGUCCUGAUAAACAUGGACUCACCAUUGAACAAACCAAUCAUGGAGAGAUUUUUGUCACAGAGGUGAAAGAUGAGUCCCCUGCUGCUCAAACUGGGAAAGUACAUGAAGGUGACCAAAUUGUUGGGGCUACAAUUUACUUCGAUAACAUGAGCUCGGAGGAAACAGCUGAUCUACUGAAGACUUUAAAUCGACAUAAGGUUGGGCUCAAAUUGCAAAACAAGUCUGGAGAGAAGUCACCUUGUCGAUCUCCAAUGAGCACAAUGUCACGGGAAGGACGUGCAGUGUUUGGAGGAUCUAGUUCUGACAUUCUCCUGAGUGGGGAUGAUGAAGACUACAGAAGGAUCUACACUAAGAAGAUUAAACCCAGACUGAAGUCAGAGGAUCUUGCUGAGGGUGUUGAUGUGCGCACAGAACGCCAUAGUAGUACAAGCAGUGAUGGUUGCACCAUAACUACAGUUACUCGUCGAAUAACAACCUACACUGUGGACGUGCCUGGGGAGGCUGACCAGCAAAUUGAUUACUCAAGCCCUGAGUUCAAAUUUCAGGUCUCUAAGCAUGAGCAGUUGGUGGGUGAUUCUACCCAAAUCAGAUUACCACAUGGCAGUGCAGAUGCAGGUAUUAAAAUGGGAGACAUAUCCCUUGGAGGACCCAAGGUCACAGGUUCCUAUGUGAAGCACUUUAGCACCGGACCUGUCAAAACAACAAGUGAAUCAGAUAUGAGUGAGAGGGAGAUUAGAAUUAAUGUGUCAGACACUGGACUGUUUGAGGGAAAGGGACAGGGAUAUUCUGAAAAGACGUUAACUGCUGAAGGUAGUGGUGGUCUUUCUGGCAAAGUGACAAGCUUAGAAACUGAAGUGGGACAUGUUUUUGAAUUAAAAGAUUCAAGAAUGAUAGGAGGAAAUGAGUUUGCCACAGCAAAGGGACCUGUUUUUGACACUCAUGUUUCAGGUUUUUCCAUUAGUGCUGGGGACAGAAACACAUCAGUUAUAAGCAGAGAUUCCUCGUCUGUUACACUUAAGGAUGGGUCUGAUGAUAAAACCAAAUUAUCUAAGUUUAGCAUAGAUAUUCAACAGCCCAAAGCGAAUUUUAAACAAUCUGAAGUUGAAGUCAGUCAGGGUUCUGAUAUAACCAUGUCCAAAGUAGAUGGUAAAGUAAAAUUUCCAAAACUUGAAACUAGUGAAUCUGUUCAGUCAGGUCCCACAGAGGCAAUUAGUGGAGGAUUCAAAACAACCCAUGUCAAAGUGCAAUCAUUUGGAACUAAAGGAUCUACUGUAGAAGAUUCUAAUGUAGAAGUAAAUUUUAACAAUGAAAAUCCUACAGAUGACGGUCGCAGAGGUUUAAAAUUCCAGACAUCAAAAAUUCUCACCACUACAGAUAUUAACAUUAAGGGACCAGAAGGAAAAAUCAAAGGCUCUGAAUUCAAUGUGUCACAAGUCUCUGGCCCAAAACUUAUGCCUGAUGUAGAUGCUAACCUUAAAGGGCCAGUCCUGAAAAGAGACAUUGAUGUGUCUGUUCAAAAUGUUGAAGGGGGCUUUACUGGACCCUCAUUUCGGAUUAACGUUGAAAAGCCUGAUGUAAAAAUUCCCAAGGCUGAUAUGGAGAUUAAUGCACCAGAUGUGGAUAUUAAAGGUCCAGAUGUUGACAUUGAGGGACCUGAGGGAAAAAUCAAGGGCCCCAAAUUUACAAUGCCAUCGAUUUCUGGAUCAAAGAUUUUGCCAGACGUGGAUUUCAACCUUAAAGGGCCGAAACUGAAAGGUGAUGUGGAUGUGUCUGUUCCAAAAGUUGAAGGAGAUAUUAAAGCAUCAAAGGUUGAAAUUGAAGGCCCAGACUUUGAAGGUUCUCAGGGUGGUUUCAAGAUGCCAGCUAUCAAAAUGCCUUCAUUUGGACAGAAAGGUCCAAAAGUCGAAGGCUCUGGUGUUGAUGUGAAGCUUCCAAAAGCAGAAAUUGACAUCAAAGCACCAGAUGUGGAUAUUAAAGGUCCAGAGCUUGACAUAGAGGGACCUGAGGGAAAAAUCAAGGGCCCCAAAUUUACAAUGCCAUCGAUUUCUGGACCAAAGAUUUCUAUGCCAGAUGUGGAUUUCAACCUUAAAGGGCCCAAACUGAAAGGUGAUGUGGAUGUGUCUGUUCCAAAAGUUGAAGGAGAUAUUAAAGCACCAAAGGUUGAAAUUGAAGGCCCAGACUUUGAAGGUUCUGAGGGUGGUUUUAAGAUGCCAACUAUCAAAAUGCCUUCAUUUGGACAGAAAGGUCAAAAAGUCGAAGGCUCUGAUCUUGAUGUGAAGCUUCCAAAAGCAGAAAUUGAUAUCAAAGCACCAGAUGUAGAUAUUAAAGGAUCAGAUCUUGACAUAGAGGGACCUGAGGGAAAAAUCAAGGGCCCCAAAUUUACAAUGCCAUCGAUUUCUGGACCAAAGAUUUCUAUGCCAGAUGUGGAUUUCAACGUAAAAGGGCCUAAACUGAAAGGUGAUGUGGAUGUGUCUAUUCCAAAAGUCGAAGGAGAUAUUAAAGCACCAAAGGUUGAAAUUGAAGGCCCAGACUUUGAAGGUCCUCAGGGUGGAUUCAAGAUGCCAAAGAUCAAAAUGCCUUCAUUUGGACAGAAAGGUCCAAAAGUCGAAGGCCCUGAUGUUGAUGUAAACCUUCCAAAAGCAGAAAUUGAUAUUAAAGCACCAGAUGUGGAUAUCAAGAGUCCAAAGCUUGACCUAGAGGGACCUGAGGGAAAAAUCAAGGGCCCCAAAGUUACAAUGCCAUCGAUUUCUGGACCAAAGAUUUCUAUGCCAGAUGUGGAUUUCAAUCUUAAAGGGCCCAAACUUAAAGGUGAUGUGGAUGUGUCUGUUCCAAAAGUUAAAGGAGAUAUUAAAGCAACAAAGGUUGAAAUUGAAGGCCCAGACUUUGAAGGUCCUCAGGGUGGAUUCAAGAUGCCAAAGAUCAAAAUGCCUUCAUUUGGACAGAAAGGUCCAAAAGUCGAAGGCCCUGAUGUUGAUGUAAACCUUCCAAAAGCAGAAAUUGACAUCAAAGCACCAGCAGUGGAUAUUAAAGGUCCAAAGCUUGACAUAGAGGGACCUGAGGGUAAAAUCAAGGGCCCCAAAGUUACAAUGCCAUCGAUUUCUGGACCAAAGAUUUCUAUGCCAGAUGUGGAUUUCAACGUAAAAGGGCCUAAACUGAAAGGUGAUGUGGAUGUGUCUAUUCCAAAAGUCGAAGGAGAUAUUAAAGCACCAAAGGUUGAAAUUGAAGGCCCAGACUUUGAAGGUCCUCAGGGUGGAUUCAAGAUGCCAAAGAUCAAAAUGCCUUCUUUUGGACAGAAAGGUCCAAAAGUCGAAGGCCCUGAUGUUGAUGUAAACCUUCCAAAAGCAGAAAUUGAUAUCAAAGCACCAGAAGUGGAUAUUAAAGGUCCAAAGCUUGACAUAGAGGGACCUGAGGGUAAAAUCAAGGGCCCCAAAGUUACAAUGCCAUCGAUUUCUGGACCAAAGAUUUCUAUGCCAGAUGUGGAUUUCAACGUAAAAGGGCCUAAACUGAAAGGUGAUGUGGAUGUGUCUAUUCCAAAAGUCGAAGGAGAUAUUAAAGCACCAAAGGUUGAAAUUGAAGGCCCAGACUUUGAAGGUUCUCAGGGUGGAUUCAAGAUGCCAAAGAUCAAAAUGCCUUCAUUUGGACAGAAAGGUCCAAAAGUCGAAGGCCCUGAGGUUGAUGUAAACCUUCCAAAAGCAGAAAUUGAUAUCAAAGCACCAGAUGUGGAUAUUAAAGGUCCAAAGCUUGACACAGAGGGACCUGAGGGAAAAAUCAAGGGCCCCAAAUUUACAAUGCCAUCGAUUUCUGGACCAAAGAUUUCUAUGCCAGAUGUGGAUUUCAACCUAAAAGGGCCCAAACUGAAAGGGGACGUGGAUGUGUCUAUUCCAAAAGUUGAAGGUGACAUCAAAGCACCAGAUGUGGAUAUUAAAGGUCCAAAGCUUGACAUAGAGGGACAUGAGGGAAAAAUCAAGGGCCCCAAAUUUACAAUGCCAUCGAUUUCUGGACCAAAGAUUUCUAUGCCAGAUGUGGAUUUCAAUCUUAAAGGGCCCAAACUGAAAGGUGAUGUGGAUGUGUCUGUUCCAAAAGUCGAAGGAGAUAUUAAAGCCCCAAAGGUUGAAAUUGAAGGCCCAGACUUUGAAGGUCCUCAGGGUGGAUUCAAGAUGCCAAAGAUCAAAAUGCCUUCAUUUGGACAGAAAGGUCCAAAAGUCGAAGGCCCUGAUGUUGAUGUAAACCUUCCAAAAGCAGAAAUUGAUAUCAAAGCACCAGAUGUGGAUAUUAAAGGUCCAAAGCUUGACAUAGAGGGACCUGAGGGAAAAAUCAAGGGCCCCAAAUUUACAAUGCCAUCGAUUUCUGGACCAAAGAUUUCUAUGCCAGAUGUGGAUUUCAACCUAAAAGGGCCGAAACUGAAAGGUGAUGUGGAUAUGUCUGUUCCAAAAGUCGAAGGAGAUAUUAAAGCACCAAAGGUUGAAAUUGAAGGCCCAGACUUUGAAGGUCCUCAGGGUGGAUUCAAAAUGCCAAAGAUCAAAAUGCCUUCAUUUGGACAGAAAGGUUCAAAACUAGAAGGGCCAGAUGUUGAUGUAAAGCUUCCAAAAGCAGAAAUUGAUAUCAAAGCACCAGAUGUGGAUAUUAAAGGUCAAAAGCUUGACAUAGAGGGACCUGAGGGAAAAAUCAAGGGCCCCAAAUUUACAAUGCCAUCGAUUUCUGGACCAAAGAUUUCUAUGCCAGAUGUGGAUUUCAAUCUUAAAGGGCCCAAACUGAAAGGGGACGUGGAUGUGUCUAUUCCAAAAGUUGAAGGCGACAUCAAAGCACCAGAUGUGGAUAUUAAAGGUCCAAAGCUUGACAUAGAGGGACCUGAGGGAAAAAUCAAGGGCCCUAAAUUUACAAUGCCAUCGAUUUCUGGACCAAAGAUUUCUAUGCCAGAUGUGGAUUUCAACCUAAGAGGGCCUAAACUGAAAGGUGAUGUGGAUGUGUCUGUUCCAAAAGUUGAAGGAGAUAUUAAAGCACCAAAGGUUGAAAUUGAAGGCCCAGACAUUGAAGGUUCUGAGGGUGGUUUCAAGAUGCCAAAGAUCAAAAUGCCUUCAUUUGGACAGAAAGGUUCAAAACUAGAAGGGCCAGAUGUUGAUGUAAAGCUUCCAAAAGCAGAAAUUGAUAUCAAAGCACCAGAUGUGGAUAUUAAAGGUCCAAAGCUUGAUAUAGAGGGACAUGAGGGAAAAAUCAAGGGCCCCAAAUUUACAAUGCCAUCGAUUUCUGGACCAAAGAUUUCUAUGCCAGAUGUGGAUUUCAAUCUUAAAGGGCCCAAACUGAAAGGAGAUGUGGAUGUGUCUAUUCCAAAAGUUGAAGGCGACAUCAAAGCACCAGAUGUGGAUAUUAAAGGUCCAAAGCUUGACAUAGAGGGACCUGAGGGAAAAAUCAAGGGCCCCAAAUUUACAAUGCCAUCGAUUUCUGGACCAAAGAUUUCUAUGCCAGAUGUGGAUUUCAACCUAAGAGGGCCUAAACUGAAAGGUGAUGUGGAUGUGUCUGUUCCAAAAGUUGAAGGAGAUAUUAAAGCACCAAAGGUUGAAAUUGAAGGCCCAGACUUUGAAGGUUCUGAGGGUGGUUUCAAGAUGCCAAAGAUCAAAAUGCCUUCAUUUGGACAGAAAGGUCCAAAACUAGAAGGGCCAGAUGUUGAUGUAAAGCUUCCAAAAGCAGAAAUUGAUAUCAAAGCACCAGAUGUGGAUAUUAAAGGUCCAAAGCUUGAUAUAGAGGGACAUGAGGGAAAAAUCAAGGGCCCCAAAUUUACAAUGCCAUCGAUUUCUGGACCAAAGAUUUCUAUGCCAGAUGUGGAUUUCAACCUAAAAGGGCCUAAACUGAAAGGUGAUGUGGAUGUGUCUGUUCCAAAAGUUGAAGGAGAUAUUAAAGCACCAAAGGUUGAAAUUGAAGGCCCAGACUUUGAAGGUCCUCAGGGUGGAUUCAAAAUGCCAAAGAUCAAAAUGCCUUCAUUUGGACAGAAAGGUUCAAAACUAGAAGGGCCAGAUGUUGAUGUAAAGCUUCCAAAAGCAGAAAUUGAUAUCAAAGCACCAGAUGUGGAUAUUAAAGGUCAAAAGCUUGACAUAGAGGGACCUGAGGGAAAAAUCAAGGGCCCCAAAUUUACAAUGCCAUCGAUUUCUGGACCAAAGAUUUCUAUGCCAGAUGUGGAUUUCAAUCUUAAAGGGCCCAAACUGAAAGGGGACGUGAAUGUGUCUAUUCCAAAAGUUGAAGGCGACAUCAAAGCACCAGAUGUGGAUAUUAAAGGUCCAAAGCUUGACAUAGAGGGACCUGAGGGAAAAAUCAAGGGCCCUAAAUUUACAAUGCCAUCGAUUUCUGGACCAAAGAUUUCUAUGCCAGAUGUGGAUUUCAACCUAAGAGGGCCUAAACUGAAAGGUGAUGUGGAUGUGUCUGUUCCAAAAGUUGAAGGAGAUAUUAAAGCACCAAAGGUUGAAAUUGAAGGUCCAGACAUUGAAGGUUCUGAGGGUGGUUUUAAGAUGCCAAAGAUCAAAAUGCCUUCAUUUGGACAGAAAGGUCCAAAACUAGAAGGGCCAGAUGUUGAUGUAAAGCUUCCAAAAGCAGAAAUUGAUAUCAAAGCACCAGAUGUGGAUAUUAAAGGUCCAAAGCUUGAUAUAGAGGGACAUGAGGGAAAAAUCAAGGGCCCCAAAUUUACAAUGCCAUCGAUUUCUGGACCAAAGAUUUCUAUGCCAGAUGUGGAUUUCAAUCUUAAAGGGCCCAAACUGAAAGGAGAUGUGGAUGUGUCUAUUCCAAAAGUUGAAGGCGACAUCAAAGCACCAGAUGUGGAUAUUAAAGGUCCAAAGCUUGACAUAGAGGGACCUGAGGGAAAAAUCAAGGGCCCCAAAUUUACAAUGCCAUCGAUUUCUGGACCAAAGAUUUCUAUGCCAGAUGUGGAUUUCAACCUAAAAGGGCCUAAACUGAAAGGUGAUGUGGAUGUGUCUGUUCCAAAAGUUGAAGGAGAUAUUAAAGCACCAAAGGUUGAAAUUGAAGGCCCAGACUUUGAAGGUUCUGAGGGUGGUUUCAAGAUGCCAAAGAUCAAAAUGCCUUCAUUUGGACAGAAAGGUCCAAAACUAGAAGGGCCAGAUGUUGAUGUAAAGCUUCCAAAAGCAGAAAUUGAUAUCAAAGCACCAGAUGUGGAUAUUAAAGGUCCAAAGCUUGAUAUAGAGGGACAUGAGGGAAAAAUCAAGGGCCCCAAAUUUACAAUGCCAUCGAUUUCUGGACCAAAGAUUUCUAUGCCAGAUGUGGAUUUCAAUCUUAAAGGGCCCAAACUGAAAGGAGAUGUGGAUGUGUCUAUUCCAAAAGUUGAAGGCGACAUCAAAGCACCAGAUGUGGAUAUUAAAGGUCCAAAGCUUGACAUAGAGGGACCUGAGGGAAAAAUCAAGGGCCCCAAAUUUACAAUGCCAUCGAUUUCUGGACCAAAGAUUUCUAUGCCAGAUGUGGAUUUCAAUCUUAAAGGGCCCAAACUGAAAGGGGACGUGGAUGUGUCUAUUCCAAAAGUUGAAGGCGACAUCAAAACACCAGAUGUGGAUAUUAAAGGUCCAAAGCUUGACAUAGAGGGACCUGAGGGGAAAAUCAAGGGCCCCAAAUUUACAAUGCCAUCAAUUUCUGGACCAAAGAUUUCUAUGCCAGAUGUGGAUUUCAACCUUAAAGGGACAAAACUUAAAGGUGAUGCUGAUGUGUCACAUGGUGUUGAUAUCCAAUUACCGGAGAUGGACAUAGAGGGCCCUAAUGUUGAUUUAGAUGUUCCUGGAGGUAGUGUGAAAAAAGGCAAGUUCAAAAUGCCAAAGUUUGGAUUUAAAAGUCCAAAGAUUGAAGCUCCUGAUGUGGACGUCAAGCUUCCCAAAGGAGCAAAAGGCAGCAUUGAAGGUCCAGAUGUUGAUAUCACAACACCUAACAUCAAAGCUAAAGGAUCCAAAUUUAAAAUGGGAUCAAAAUCAAGUCCGAAGAUGUCUUUACCUGAUGUUGACUUAAGCUUGAAAGGAUCCAAAGUAAAAGGACAAGCUGAAGUAAAUGUUGAGAGUGAUGUCAGUGGGCCAAAAGUGGAAGUUGAUUCUCCAAGUAUUGACGUUAAAAGUCCAGAGGGAGGGUUUAAGAUGCCAAAAUUUAAGAUGCCAAAAUUUGGAUUUAAAUCACCCAAAGGAGACGUUGACAUGAGUACCAGUGAUGUCAGUAUUAAAUCACCAGACAUUGAUAUUACAUCUCCUGAUCUGGACAUUGAAGGUCCUGAGGGAAAAAUCAAGGGUCCAAAAUUCAAAAUGCCUCACAUAUCUGGACCAAAUAUCUCAAUGCCAGAUGUAGACUUCAAUCUUAAAGGCCCCAAAGUCAAGGGUGAUGUGGAUGUUUCCUUGCCAAAGAGCAAAGGUGAUCUGAAGUCUCCGAAAUUAGACAUUGAAGGUCCUGAUGUUGAUAUUGAGGGUACCAAGGGUGGUUUCAAGAUGCCUAAAGUCACAAUGCCAUCAUUUGGAUUUAAGGGUCCUAAAGUGGAGGGUCCUGAGAUUGAUGUCAACCUGCCAAAAGCUGAUGUUGACAUUAAAGGACCUGAAAUUGACAUCAAAACUCCAGAUCUUGACAUUGAAGGUUCUGAGGGAAAAAUCAAGGGUCCAAAAUUCAAAAUGCCUCACAUAUCUGGACCAAAUAUCUCAAUGCCAGACGUAGACUUCAAUCUAAAAGGCCCCAAAGUCAAGGGUGAUGUGGAUGUUUCUGUGCCAAAGAUCAAAGGUGAUCUGAAGUCUCAGAAAUUAGACAUUGAAGGUCCUGAUGUUGAUAUUGAGGGUACCAAGGGUGGUUUCAAGAUGCCUAAAGUCACAAUGCCAUCAUUUGGAUUUAAGGGUCCUAAAGUGGAGGGCCCUGAGAUUGAUGUCAACCUGCCAAAAGCUGAUGUUGACAUUAAAGGUCCUGAAAUUGACAUCAAAACUCCAGAUCUUGACAUUGAAGGGCCUGAGGGAAAAAUCAAGGGUCCAAAAUUCAAAAUGCCUCACAUAUCUGGACCAAAUAUCUCAAUGCCAGAUGUAGACUUCAAUCUCAAAGGCCCCAAAGUCAAGGGUGAUGUGGAUGUUUCUGUGCCAAAGAUCAAAGGUGACCUAAAGUCUCCGAAAUUAGAUAUUGAAGGUCCUGAUGUUGAUAUUGAGGGUACCAAGGGUGGUUUCAAGAUGCCUAAAGUCACAAUGCCAUCAUUUGGAUUUAAGGGUUCUAAAGGGGAGGGUCCUGAGAUUGAUGUCAGCCUGCCAAAAGCUGAUGUUGACAUUAAGGGACCUGAAAUUGACAUCAAAACUCCAGAUCUUGACAUUCAUGGUCCUGAGGGAAAAAUCAAGGGUCCAAAAUUCAAAAUGCCUCACAUAUCUGGACCAAAUAUCUCAAUGCCAGAUGUAGACUUCAAUCUUAAAGGCCCCAAAGUCAAGGGUGAUGUGGAUGUGAAUGUUUCUGUGCCAAAGAUCAAGGGUGACCUAAAGGCUCCGAAACUAGACAUUGAAGGUCCUGAUGUUGAUAUUGAGGGUCCUGAAGGUGGUUUCAAGAUGCCUAAAUUCAAAAUGCCAUCAUUUGGACAUAAGGGUCCUAAAGUGGAGGGUCCUGAGAUUGAUGUCAACCUGCCAAAAGCUGAUGUUGACAUUAAAGGACCUGAAAUUGACAUCAAAACUCCAGAUCUUGACAUUGAAGGGCCUGAGGGAAAAAUCAAGGGUCCAAAAUUCAAAAUGCCUCACAUAUCUGGACCAAAUAUCUCAAUGCCAGAUGUAGACUUCAAUCUUAAAGGCCCCAAAGUCAAGGGUGAUGUGGAUGUUUCUGUGCCAAAGAUCAAAGGUGACCUAAAGGCUCCGAAAUUAGACAUUGAAGGUCCUGAUAUUGAUAUUGAGGGACCGGAGGGUGGUUUCAAGAUGCCUAAAUUCAAAAUGCCAUCAUUUGGAUCUAAGGGUCCUAAAGUGGAGGGUCCUGAAUUUGAUGUCAACCUGCCAAAAGCUGAUGUUGACAUUAAAGGAUCGGAAAUUGACAUCAAAACUCCAGAUCUUGACAUUGAAGGUCCUGAGGGAAAAAUCAAGGGUCCAAAAUUCAAAAUGCCUCGCAUAUCUGGACCAAAUAUCUCAAUGCCAGAUGUAGACUUCAAUCUUAAAGGCCCCAAAGUCAAGGGUGAUGUGGAUGUUUCUGUGCCAAAGAUCAAAGGUGACCUAAAGUCUCCGAAAUUAGACAUUGAAGGUCCUGAUGUUGAUAUCGAGGGUCCCAAGGGUGGUUUCAAGAUGCCUAAAGUCACAAUGCCAUCAUUUGGAUUCAAGGGUCCUAAAGUGGAGGGUCCUGAGAUUGAUGUCAACCUGCCAAAAGCUGAUGUUGACAUUAAAGGACCUGAAAUUGACAUCAAAACUCCAGAUCUUGACAUUGAAGGGCCUGAGGGAAAAAUCAAGGGUCCAAAAUUCAAAAUGCCUCACAUAUCUGGACCAAAUAUCUCAAUGCCAGAUGUAGACUUCAAUCUUAAAGGCCCCAAAGUCAAGGGUGAUGUGGAUUUUUCUGUGCCAAAGAUUAAAGGUGACAUAAAGGCUCCGAAAUUAGACAUUGAAGGUCCUGAUGUUGAUAUCGAGGGUCCUGGGGGUGGUUUCAAGAUGCCUAAAUUCAAAAUGCCAUCAUUUGGACAUAAGGGUCCUAAAGUGGAGGGUCCUGAGUUUGAUGUCAACCUGCCAAAAGCUGAUGUUGACAUUAAAGGACCUGAAAUUGACAUCAAAACUCCAGAUCUUGACAUUGAAGGGCCUGAGGGAAAAAUCAAGGGUCCAAAAUUCAAAAUGCCUCACAUAUCUGGACCAAAUAUCUCAAUGCCAGAUGUAGACUUCAAUCUUAAAGGCCCCAAAGUCAAGGGUGAUGUGGAUGUUUCUGUGCCAAAAAUCAAAGGUGACCUAAAGGCUCCGAAAUUAGACAUUGAAGGUCCUGAUAUUGAUAUCGAGGGUCCUGAGGGUGGUUUCAAGAUGCCUAAAUUCAAAAUGCCAUCAUUUGGACAUAAGGGUCCUAAAGUGGAGGGUCCUGAGAUUGAUGUCAACCUGCCAAAAGCUGAUGUUGACAUUAAAGGACCUGAAAUUGACAUCAAAACUCCAGAUCUUGACAUUGAAGGGCCUGAGGGAAAAAUCAAGGGUCCAAAAUUCAAAAUGCCUCACAUAUCUGGACCAAAUAUCUCAAUGCCAGAUGUAGACUUCAAUCUUAAAGGCCCCAAAGUCAAGGGUGAUGUGGAUGUUUCUGUGCCAAAGAUCAAAGGUGACAUAAAGGCUCCGAAAUUAGACAUUGAAGGUCCUGAUGUUGAUAUCGAGGGUCCUGGGGGUGGUUUCAAGAUGCCUAAAUUCAAAAUGCCAUCAUUUGGACAUAAGGGUCCUAAAGUGGAGGGUCCUGAGUUUGAUGUCAACCUGCCAAAAGCUGAUGUUGACAUUAAAGGACCUGAAAUUGACAUCAAAACUCCAGAUCUUGACAUUGAAGGGCCUGAGGGAAAAAUCAAGGGUCCAAAAUUCAAAAUGCCUCACAUAUCUGGACCAAAUAUCUCAAUGCCAGAUGUAGACUUCAAUCUUAAAGGCCCCAAAGUCAAGGGUGAUGUGGAUGUUUCUGUGCCAAAAAUCAAAGGUGACCUAAAGGCUCCGAAAUUAGACAUUGAAGGUCCUGAUAUUGAUAUCGAGGGUCCUGAGGGUGGUUUCAAGAUGCCUAAAUUCAAAAUGCCAUCAUUUGGACAUAAGGGUCCUAAAGUGGAGGGUCCUGAGAUUGAUGUCAACCUGCCAAAAGCUGAUGUUGACAUUAAAGGACCUGAAAUUGACAUCAAAACUCCAGAUCUUGACAUUGAAGGUCCUGAGGGAAAAAUCAAGGGUCCAAAAUUCAAAAUGCCUCACAUAUCUGGACCAAAUAUCUCAAUGCCAGAUGUAGACUUCAAUCUUAAAGGCCCCAAAGUCAAGGGUGAUGUGGAUGUUUCUGUGCCAAAGAUCAAAGGUGACAUAAAGGCUCCGAAAUUAGACAUUGAAGGUCCUGAUGUUGAUAUCGAGGGUCCUGGGGGUGGUUUCAAGAUGCCUAAAUUCAAAAUGCCAUCAUUUGGACAUAAGGGUCCUAAAGUGGAGGAUCCUGAGUUUGAUGUCAACCUGCCAAAAGCUGAUGUUGACAUUAAAGGACCUGAAAUUGACAUCAAAACUCCAGAUCUUGACAUUGAAGGGCCUGAGGGAAAAAUCAAGGGUCCAAAAUUCAAAAUGCCUCACAUAUCUGGACCAAAUAUCUCAAUGCCAGAUGUAGACUUCAAUCUUAAAGGCCCCAAAGUCAAGGGUGAUGUGGAUGUUUCUGUGCCAAAAAUCAAAGGUGACCUAAAGGCUCCGAAAUUAGACAUUGAAGGUCCUGAUAUUGAUAUCGAGGGUCCUGAGGGUGGUUUCAAGAUGCCUAAAUUCAAAAUGCCAUCAUUUGGACAUAAGGGUCCUAAAGUGGAGGGUCCUGAGAUUGAUGUCAACCUGCCAAAAGCUGAUGUUGACAUUAAAGGACCUGAAAUUGACAUCAAAACUCCAGAUCUUGACAUUGAAGGUCCUGAGGGAAAAAUCAAGGGUCCAAAAUUCAAAAUGCCUCACAUAUCUGGACCAAAUAUCUCAAUGCCAGAUGUAGACUUCAAUCUUAAAGGCCCCAAAGUCAAGGGUGAUGUGGAUGUUUCUGUGCCAAAGAUCAAAGGUGACAUAAAGGCUCCGAAAUUAGACAUUGAAGGUCCUGAUGUUGAUAUCGAGGGUUCUGGGGGUGGUUUCAAGAUGCCUAAAUUCAAAAUGCCAUCAUUUGGACAUAAGGGUCCUAAAGUGGAGGGUCCUGAGUUUGAUGUCAACCUGCCAAAAGCUGAUGUUGACAUUAAAGGGCCUGAAAUUGACAUCAAAACUCCAGAUCUUGACAUUGAAGGGCCUGAGGGAAAAAUCAAGGGUCCAAAAUUCAAAAUGCCUCACAUAUCUGGACCAAAUAUCUCAAUGCCAGAUGUAGACUUCAAUCUUAAAGGCCCCAAAGUCAAGGGUGAUGUGGAUGUUUCUGUGCCAAAGAUCAAAGGUGACAUAAAGACUCCGAAAUUAGACAUUGAAGGUCCUGAUGUUGAUAUUGAGGGUCCCAAGGGUGGUUUCAAGAUGCCUAAAGUCACAAUGCCAUCAUUUGGAUUCAAGGGUCCUAAAGUGGAGGGUCCUGAGAUUGAUGUCAACCUGCCAAAAGCUGAUGUUGACAUUAAAGGACCUGAAAUUGACAUAAAAACUCCAGAUCUUGACAUUGAAGGUCCUGAGGGAAAAAUCAAGGGUCCAAAAUUCAAAAUGCCUCACAUAUCUGGACCAAAUAUCUCAAUGCCAGAUGUAGACUUCAAUCUUAAAGGCCCCAAAGUCAAGGGUGAUGUGGAUGUUUCUGUGCCAAAGAUCAAAGGUGACCUAAAGGCUCCGAAAUUAGACAUUGAAGGUCCUGAUGUUGAUAUCGAGGGUCCUGGGGGUGGUUUCAAGAUGCCUAAAUUCAAAAUGCCAUCAUUUGGACAUAAGGGUCCUAAAGUGGAGGGUCCUGAGUUUGAUGUCAACCUGCCAAAAGCUGAUGUUGACAUUAAAGGGCCUGAAAUUGACAUAAAAACUCCAGAUCUUGACAUUGAAGGUCCUGAGGGAAAAAUCAAGGGUCCAAAAUUCAAAAUGCCUCACAUAUCUGGACCAAAUAUCUCAAUGCCAGAUGUAGACUUCAAUCUUAAAGGCCCCAAAGUCAAGGGUGAUGUGGAUGUUUCUGUGCCAAAGAUCAAAGGUGACAUAAAGACUCCGAAAUUAGACAUUGAAGGUCCUGAUGUUGAUAUCGAGGGUCCUGAGGGUGGCUUCAAGAUGCCUAAAUUCAAAAUGCCAUCAUUUGGACAUAAGGGUCCUAAAGUGGAGGGUCCUGAGUUUGAUGUCAACCUGCCAAAAGCUGAUGUUGACAUUAAAGGGCCUGAAAUUGACAUCAAAACUCCAGAUCUUGACAUUGAAGGGCCUGAGGGAAAAAUCAAGGGUCCAAAAUUCAAAAUGCCUCACAUAUCUGGACCAAAUAUCUCAAUGCCAGAUGUAGACUUCAAUCUUAAAGGCCCCAAAGUCAAGGGUGAUGUGGAUGUUUCUGUGCCAAAGAUCAAAGGUGACAUAAAGUCUCCGAAAUUAGACAUUGAAGGUCCUGAUGUUGAUAUCGAGGGUCCUGAGGGUGGCUUCAAGAUGCCUAAAUUCAAAAUGCCAUCAUUUGGACAUAAGGGUCCUAAAGUGGAGGGUCCUGAGUUUGAUGUCAACCUGCCAAAAGCUGAUGUUGACAUUAAAGGGCCUGAAAUUGACAUCAAAACUCCAGAUCUUGACAUUGAAGGGCCUGAGGGAAAAAUCAAGGGUCCAAAAUUCAAAAUGCCUCACAUAUCUGGACCAAAUAUCUCAAUGCCAGAUGUAGACUUCAAUCUUAAAGGCCCCAAAGUCAAGGGUGAUGUGGAUGUUUCUGUGCCAAAGAUCAAAGGUGACCUAAAGGCUCCGAAAUUAGACAUUGAAGGUCCUGAUGUUGAUAUCGAGGGUCCUGGGGGUGGUUUCAAGAUGCCUAAAUUCAAAAUGCCAUCAUUUGGACAUAAGGGUCCUAAAGUGGAGGGUCCUGAGUUUGAUGUCAACCUGCCAAAAGCUGAUGUUGACAUUAAAGGGCCUGAAAUUGACAUAAAAACUCCAGAUCUUGACAUUGAAGGUCCUGAGGGAAAAAUCAAGGGUCCAAAAUUCAAAAUGCCUCACAUAUCUGGACCAAAUAUCUCAAUGCCAGAUGUAGACUUCAAUCUUAAAGGCCCCAAAGUCAAGGGUGAUGUGGAUGUUUCUGUGCCAAAGAUCAAAGGUGACAUAAAGACUCCGAAAUUAGACAUUGAAGGUCCUGAUGUUGAUAUCGAGGGUCCUGAGGGUGGCUUCAAGAUGCCUAAAUUCAAAAUGCCAUCAUUUGGACAUAAGGGUCCUAAAGUGGAGGGUCCUGAGUUUGAUGUCAACCUGCCAAAAGCUGAUGUUGACAUUAAAGGGCCUGAAAUUGACAUCAAAACUCCAGAUCUUGACAUUGAAGGGCCUGAGGGAAAAAUCAAGGGUCCAAAAUUCAAAAUGCCUCACAUAUCUGGACCAAAUAUCUCAAUGCCAGAUGUAGACUUCCAUCUUAAAGGCCCCAAAGUCAAGGGUGAAGUGGAUGUUUCUGUGCCAAAGAUCAAAGGUGACCUAAAGUCUCCGAAAUUAGACAUUGAAGGUCCUGAUGUUGAUAUUGAGGGUCCCAAGGGUGGUUUCAAGAUGCCUAAAGUCACAAUGCCAUCAUUUGGAUUUAAGGGUCCUAAAGUGGAGGGUCCUGAGAUUGAUGUCAACCUGCCAAAAGCUGAUGUUGACAUUAAAGGACCUGAAAUUGACAUCAAAACUCCAGAUCUUGACAUUGAAGGUCCUGAGGGAAAAAUCAAGGGUCCCAAAUUCAAAAUGCCUCACAUAUCUGGACCAAAUAUCUCAAUGCCAGAUGUAGACUUCAAUCUUAAAGGUCCCAAAGUCAAGGGUGAUGUGGAUGUUUCUGUGCCAAAGAUCAAAGGUGACCUAAAGUCUCCGAAAUUAGACAUUGAAGGUCCUGAUUUUAAUAUUGAGGGUCCCAAGGGUGGUUUCAAGAUGCCUAAAGUCACAAUGCCAUCAUUUGGAUUCAAGGGUCCUAAAGUGGAGGGUCCUGAGAUUGAUGUCAACCUACCAAAAGCUGAUGUUGACAUAAAAGGACCUGAAAUUGACCUCAAAACUCCAGAUCUUGACAUUGAAGGUCCUGAGGGAAAAAUCAAGGGUCCAAAAUUCAAAAUGCCUCACAUGUCUGGACCAAAUAUCUCAAUGCCAGAUGUAGACUUCAAUCUUAAAGGCCCCAAAGUCAAGGGGGAUGUGGAUGUUUCUGUGCCAAAGAUCAAAGGUGACCUAAAGGCUCCAAAAUUAGACAUUGAAGGGCCUGAUGUUGAUAUCAAGGGUCCUAAGGGUGGUUUCAAAAUGCCUAAAUUCAGAAUGCCAAAAUUUGGAUCUAAGGGUCCUAAAGUGGAGGGUCCUGAGAUUGAUGUCAACCUGCCAAAAGCUGAUGUUGACAUUAAAGGACCUGAAAUUGACAUCAAAACUCCAGAUCUUGAUAUUCAAGGUCCUGAGGGAAAAAUAAAAGGGCCAAAAUUCAAAAUGCCUCACAUAUCUGGACCAAAUAUCUCAAUGCCAGAUGUAGACUUCAAUCUUAAAGGCCCCAAAGUCAAGGGUGAUGUGGAUGUUUCUGUGCCAAAGAUCAAAGGUGACGUUAAGUCUCCGAAAUUAGACAUUGAGGGUCCUGAUGUUGAUAUCGAGGGUCCCAAAGGUGGUUUCAAGAUGCCUAAAGUCACAAUGCCAUCAUUUGGAUUUAAGGGUCCUAAAGUGGAGGGUCCUGAAAUUGAUGUCAACCUGCCAAAAGCUGAUGUUGACAUUAAAGGACCUGAAAUUGACAUCAAAACUCCAGAUCUUGACAUUGAAGGUCCUGAGGGAAAAAUCAAGGGUCCAAAAUUCAAAAUGCCUCACAUAUCUGGACCAAAUAUCUCAAUGCCAGAUGUAGACUUCAAUCUUAAAGGCCCCAAAGUCAAGGGUGAUGUGGAUGUUUCUAUGCCAAAGAUCAAAGGUGACGUAAAGGCUCCGAAAUUAGACAUUGAAGGUCCUGAUGUUGAUAUUGAGGGUCCCAAGGGUGGUUUCAAGAUGCCUAAAGUCACAAUGCCAUCAUUUGGAUUUAAGGGUCCUAAAGUGGAGGGUCCUGAGAUUGAUGUCAACCUGCCAAAAGCUGAUGUUGACAUUAAAGGACCUGAAAUUGACAUCAAAACUCCAGAUCUUGACAUUGAAGGUCCUGAGGGAAAAAUCAAGGGUCCAAAAUUCAAAAUGCCUCACAUAUCUGGACCAAACAUCUCAAUGCCAGAUGUAGACUUCAAUCUUAAAGGCCCCAAAGUCAAGGGUGAUGUGGAUGUUUCUGUGCCAAAGAUCAAAGGUGACCUAAAGGCUCCGAAAUUAGACAUUGAAGGUCCUGAUGUUGAUAUUGAGGGUCCCAAGGGUGGUUUCAAGAUGCCUAAAGUCACAAUGCCAUCAUUUGGAUUGAAGGGUCCUAAAGUGGAGGGUCCUGAGAUUGAUGUCAACCUGCCAAAAGCUGAUGUUGACAUUAAAGGACCUGAAAUUGACAUAAAAACUCCAGAUCUUGACAUUGAAGGUCCUGAGGGAAAAAUCAAGGGUCCAAAAUUCAAAAUGCCUCACAUAUCUGGACCAAAUAUCUCAAUGCCAGAUGUAGACUUCAAUCUUAAAGGCCCCAAAGUCAAGGGUGAUGUGGAUGUUUCUGUGCCAAAGAUCAAAGGUGACCUAAAGGCUCCGAAAUUAGACAUUGAGGGUCCUGAUGUUGAUAUUGAGGGUCCUAAGGGUGGUUUCAAGAUGCCUAAAGUCACAAUGCCAUCAUUUGGAUUUAAGGGUCCUAAGGUGGAGGGUCCUGAAAUUGAUGUCAACCUGCCAAAAGCUGAUGUUGACAUUAAAGGGCCUGAAAUUGACAUCAAAACUCCAGAUCUUGACAUUCAUGGUCCUGAGGGAAAAAUCAAGGGUCCAAAAUUCAAAAUGCCACACAUAUCUGGACCAAAUAUCUCAAUGCCAGAUGUAGACUUCAAUCUUAAAAGCCCCAAAGUCAAGGGUGAUGUGGAUGUUUCUGUGCCAAAGAUCAAAGGUGACGCAAAGGGUCCAAAAUUAGACAUUGAAGGUCCUGAUGUUGAUAUCGAGGGUCCCAAGGGUGGUUUCAAGAUGCCUAAAGUCACAAUGCCAUCAUUUGGAUUUAAGGGUCCUAAAGUGGAGGGUCCUGAGAUUGAUGUCAACCUGCCAAAAGCUGAUGUUGACAUUAAAGGACCUGAAAUUGACAUCAAAACUCCAGAUCUUGACAUUGAAGGUCCUGAGGGAAAAAUCAAGGGUCCAAAAUUCAAAAUGCCUCACAUAUCUGGACCAAACAUCUCAAUGCCAGAUGUAGACUUCAAUCUUAAAGGCCCCAAAGUCAAGGGUGAUGUGGAUGUUUCUGUGCCAAAGAUCAAAGGUGACCUAAAGGCUCCGAAAUUAGACAUUGAAGGUCCUGAUGUUGAUAUUGAGGGUCCCAAGGGUGGUUUCAAGAUGCCUAAAGUCACAAUGCCAUCAUUUGGAUUCAAGGGUCCUAAAGUGGAGGGUCCUGAGAUUGAUGUCAACCUGCCAAAAGCUGAUGUUGACAUUAAAGGACCUGAAAUUGACAUCAAAACUCCAGAUCUUGACAUUGAAGGGCCCGAGGGAAAAAUCAAGGGUCCAAAAUUCAAAAUGCCUCACAUAUCUGGACCAAAUAUCUCAAUGCCAGAAGUAGACUUCAAUCUUAAAGGCCCCAAAGUCAAGGGUGAUGUGGAUGUUUCUGUGCCAAAGAUCAAAGGUGACGCAAAGGGUCCGAAAUUAGACAUUGAGGGUCCUGAUGUUGAUAUUGAGGGUCCUAAGGGUGGUUUCAAGAUGCCUAAAGUCACAAUGCCAUCAUUUGGAUUUAAGGGUCCUAAAGUGGAGGGUCCUGAGAUUGAUGUCAACCUGCCAAAAGCUGAUGUUGACAUAAAAGGACCUGAAAUUGACAUCAAAACUCCAGAUCUUGACAUUGAAGGUCCUGAGGGGAAAAUCAAGGGUCCAAAAUUCAAAAUGCCUCACAUAUCUGGACCAAAUAUCUCAAUGCCAGAUGUAGACUUCAAUCUUAAAGGCCCCAAAGUCAAGGGUGAUGUGGAUGUUUCUGUGCCAAAGAUCAAAGGUGACCUAAAGGCACCGAAUUUAGACAUUGAAGGUCCUGAUGUUGAUAUUAAGGGACCCGAGGGUGGUUUCAAUAUACCCAAAGUCAAAAUGCCAUCAUUUGGACUCCAGGGUCCUAACGUGGGGGGUCCUGAAGUUGAUGUCAACUUACCAAAAGCUGAUUUUGAUAUUGCAGGACCUAAAAUAGACAUCAAAACUCCAGGUGUUGAUAUCAAAGGACCUGAAGGAAAAAUAAGUGGACCAGAUGUAAACAUCAAAAUGCCUAAAACAAAGAAAUCCAAAUUUACAUUUGGAGGUAAAAGCCCAAAAUUAGAGGCAGAAAUUCCUGAUGUUGGUGGCAGUGUAGAAGGACCUGAUAUGAACAUAGAUCUUAAAGGAAAGAAGGGUAAAUUUAAAUUGGCGAAAGGAAAAGUCAAAACUGAAAAUGUUAAGAUGGAGACACAUGAUCCUGACUUGCAGCUGAAGCCUGCCAAAGUAAAGAAGCCAUUUUUUGGAAAGCUACAUUUUCCUGAUGUGGAAUUUGACAUAAAAUCUCCAAAAGUAAAAGGAGCUGUAAAAUCAUCUGAUAUUGAUUUGCCAUCUGCAAGCCUUAAAACUGAUGUUCAAGGUGUUGAUAUUCAGACCCCAGGUACUAGUUUGGAGAGCCCAGAUAUUAAAGCAAAAGAGGGUAAAAUCAAAAUGCCAAAAUUUAGCGCAUCGGGCAAGGGUGUUAGCUUAAAUGCUCCAGGUGUCACUGGAUCUGGCAUUAAUGGAAAGGGCAGUGCUAAAAUUGAUGUAGGAGGAAAUCAGGAUGUUGAGCUUGCAAUGCCGUCUGUUAAAAUCCAUGGUGAUGAUUUAGAUGCUGGUUUAAAUCUCGCUGAACAAAAGGCUGUAAAAGGGAGCAUUGAAAUGUCAGGCUUGGAUGUAAGAGGACAAACAGGAGAAUUUACAGGUGGUAUGGAGUACCAAGAAGGUCAUGUAACCUUUCCUAAAAUCAAAGUACCAAAGUUUGGUAUUGCAUUGCCAAAAGUAGAAGGAAAAGAGAUUGGAGCAGCAGAUGUAGGUUCAGCAGAACUGGCUGCUAGUGGUAAUGUUAUGUCCCAGAAUCUGGAGAUGCAAAGUACAGAUGUGAAAACCAGUGGUGCAAAAGUAAAAGUCAAGAUGCCAAAAAUGUUUGGAAAAUCUAAAUCUAAAGGUGGAAGUGCAAGUGAUCUUGCUUUUCAGGGAGAAGACACUGAUGUUGCUGCUAAAGCUAGUGGAAAGGCAUCUAAGGAAUUGAGUCUUAGUUCUGGGGAAUUGGCAAGUGGCAAGGUAGCAGUAGAAGGAUUAAAGGUUUCACCAAAAAGUAAAUCUGCCUCCCUUGACUUCUUUAAAAAGUCACGACAUCACUCAUCUUCAGUGAGUGAUGAAGGGGGUUUAGCUUCCCCCGUCUCUACCGAAGGGCACUUACAGGCAGAGGGUGGCAACAUUUCAAUUGAUGUUGGAGAAACUAAGGUUAAAGGCAAAAAAGGAAAGAUUAAGUUUGCUACAAUUGGAGGUUUUAGCUCGAAAGGUAAAGGUUCAUAUGAAGUGACACUUGGAGAUGAAACUGAGGCUAGGUCUGAGGAUGCCGGUGGAAUUGCUCAGCCUUCAAAAAAGUCCCGAAUGUCGUCAUCCUCUAGCAUUGAUAGUGGUUCAAAGGGUAGUUUUCGGUUACCAGAACUUGAAAUAGCUGUUUCGCCAAAGAAAUAAUUUUCAUACAAUUGUCUAUAUACAGUACAUUCACACCUUGUCAGUCUAGACAGUUUUAAGCAAUAGUGCACUGCUACACACUUGUUUCUACCGCUCUUCCAAAUGUUCUUUAAAGACAUUCAUGUCUUUUUUCCAAUUUAACUGUAAAUAAGAGAAAUCUGUAUUGUAAUUAAGAAAAUAAUCCAAUCCAAUGUGUGUAGUUUAAAGAAAACAAAAAGUGUGCAUCUGUUUUGUUCAUUGUUUUUUUUCAUCUGAAAGCUUGUUAUAUUUUUGUACCUUUUAAGAAAUUUUGGGAAAUGGUUAAGUUUAUUCUUUCUGCUGUCUUUCUAAAAAUUUUCUGGACAUAUCUACAUUAAACAAAAUAUGAUUUUUUUUACCCUGAUUUGAAAGAAUUUUAUAACUUUAAAGCAUCAGUUGAAUAAUCAGUGCUGUAUUGUAUUAUUGCAGAUGAAUAACUCAUUUUAACAGUGAUUGAUUUGAUACCAUUAAAUAAGCACAAUGAUGUUUAAGGGCUGUACAAACUGUAAAUAUACUUAAACACAUAUGGAAUCACAUAUGCUUGUUUCCCAAAUAAUGCCACAGUUCAAAUAUUCUAUUCUAAUGGAAUUUACACAGAGCUUAUUAUCGUCUAAAGUAUUUAUAUCUAUAAGAAUAUCUUUUUUCAGACUUAUUGAGAAUCUCUUAAAAAAUGCACAAUCAAAAAGCUGAGAAAAGCUGUCACUUGCUAUGAUUUUAACGGUUUCUAUGGCAUUUUUUUCUUUGUUAUGUCUUCCACAUUUUGAGUAGUCUCUCUCUCCUACUCUUAUUAAAUUUCAUCCUAUGAAAUGUUGUGCUGCCAUGUGGUGAUAAAACUACAAGAAAUCUAAUGCCAAUGGUUUAAAAAUAUAUUUUUAAUAAAAUCUGCAUUGCCAUUGUAAAUAAUGGGACAUUUAGGCUGCAAGUUACUUUUUCUUGUGUCAAUUGCAAAACAUUAAUAAAGUGUUCAAUUAUCAGUA